CGCCCGCCAGCCAUGCGGGAGCGUCGGCGGGGCGGCGCCGUGGGGGCUAUGGCUGACGGCAACGCCGACUGGAUGGGCUCGCUACCGCCCGCACUGCGCUCCCUGCCGCUCUCCAACCUCGCCAUCCCGGGUUCACAUGAUUCUUUCAGCUACUGGGUUGAUGAGAAAUCUCCAGUGGGACCAGACCAAGCAACAGCCAUCAAACGUUUGGCCAGAAUUUCCUUGGUUAGAAAGAUCAUGAAGAAAUGGUCAGUGACUCAAAAUUUGACUUUCAAAGAGCAGUUAGAAGGCGGGAUCCGCUACUUUGAUCUUCGUGUAUCUUCUAAACCUGGAGAAAUAGGACAAGAGAUUUACUUCAUACAUGGCUUGUUUGGCAUCAAAGUAUGGGAUGGGCUGAAGGAAAUGAAUCGUUUUCUUGAGCAGCACCCCAAGGAAGUAAUCUUCUUGGAUUUCAAUCAUUUCUAUGCCAUGGAUGACAGCCAUCACCACUUCUUGAUCAACAGGAUCCACUCAGCAUUUGAAUCCAAACUUUGUUGUGUUGAAUGUGUAGAAUAUGUCACGUUACUGUACAUGUGGGAGAAGAAACACCAGGUUCUCAUAUUUUACCACCACCCUUUGUAUCAGGCAUACCCCUUCCUGUGGCCAGGUAAUAAAAUACCAGCACCAUGGGCUAAUACAACUAACGUGCACAAACUGCUGCAGUUCCUGGAGACCACACUUGGGGAACGAAGUCGUUAUGGGACUUUCCAUGUAUCUCAAGCAAUUCUCACGCCUCGAGUGAAAACGAUUGCACGGCAUCUGAUUCGUGGUCUGAAGAACACACUUGUUCAUAGGAACCUGCCCAUGAUUUUGAAUUGGGUGAAAGCACAGAGGCCUGGUGUUAUGGGUGUUAACAUAAUUACAUCAGACUUUGUGGAGCUGGUUGAUUUUGCUGCUACAGUUAUUGCAUUGAACGACCUCCUUUUGGAAGAGGAUGAAUCUGCAACUUAAAUCCUGAUUGCUGUGUUCCACAUGUGCUCCAUAGUGGACAUCUUUGAACUAUGCUUAAUGUUUUACUUGUCAAGUGAAACCUAUUGUACUCUCUCUCUAUGAAAAAAUGUUUCCUAGAGGAAACGUGGUUAAACAUCAUGUACAGCCAGGUCCCUUCUCCUGGAGUCGUGUGGACCUGAGUUAGCCGAGUACUGUGUGUGUGUGCUGCUGUGUCUGUCUGUCUUUCUGUGUAUGUGUGCUCUGUGUGGCUGAGCUAUGCACACAUCUGCUGCUGACAGGGGCUGGCCUCUGGAGCAGAUGUACCCUAUUGUGGCAUGCAUCUCCUCGGUGACCAUACUCCCAGCGCCCGUGUGUGUGCAUCCUGCCUGCUUCCCAUGGCCAGGGCUCACUCCAGGGAUCACUGCUGAUCCCACUGGCAGCCUGACCAGGCUGACCGGGUGGAGUUGUUCUUGGGCCACCUCUGGCAUAGCUGAGCUCAGCUGGAGGCUCUACUCGUUAUGCUGUUUUAGACACUACCUCUGACUUACUUGAAGAGACAAUACUGCUGUUGUUCAGGGCAAACCUGUUAACACUGUGUUAAAUAUCCAAACUGUCCUUUGGGCCUGAGAGGUGAAGACUUGGCACAAUCUUUCUUCUUGACCUCUUUAUUUUACUUUAUUACUUCAAUAAAUUAGUUGCAACUGUGAUUAAGUAUAUUUCUUUUGGCAUUAAUUUGGAGAAUAUUUCAGUCUCCAGAUUUUGAGGAUUAUGACUCAAGUCUGAAUUCCUGUUUGCUGUGACAUAUAGGAAACAUUAAUUUUCCUGAAUUACUGGCACAUUUAGGAAAAUACAGCAUAACCUUUCUUUUUUACCUCUUGGUCACUUGGGUUUUUUUAAUCCAUCAAAUUUUCUUUGGGGAAAGUCUAUCACCCAGGCAGCCCUUCUCUGGAAGGAGGUGGGCCAAGUGGGGGCUUGCUUGAUAUUCAGAGAACUGGAGCUGACAUGGACUGCUCAAAGCCCAAAUACUGGAUCAUUGUGAUCUGUGAUGGGACAGUGAAUUCUGCAGUCAAACCUGAAAACUGUGCUUUUAGAGAGCCACACCUGUUAAGGGAGAAAUUUCUCCAGCCUUCACCUGCUUGUGACAGAGUAAGCAAUAAUCACACAAGCAGAGGAGGGUGUUAGUACUGCUUCUUUCUUUAGUCACAUUUAUUUUUGUGCUGGUUCACAAUGAAAUGUGACCAUGUAUGUUUGGGCCAAUGCAAUCAUAUAUUGGUACUUAUCAGCACUUCAUUUACUAGCUGGCAGUAUCCUAUGGUCUCAUUUAUUGUUGGUUUUUUUUUUUUUUAAGCACAAAAUGGACUGAUUAGCAGAUACUUCUCUGCUCAAUCAUCUUCCUGAAGAAACUGUUGGUGCACUAUUUAUUCACUGAUUAUGAAUUUGUAUUUAUCUCUAAGCUUAUUUAUUAUAGAAUGGAUUGUCUAUAUACAUAUUUAAUUCAAAUGAAAAAUUAAUCUCCAGAUUUAUUAUUUCUUUCGUUGUUUUAUCCUGUGUCUGCCAUCAUGGUCUGACAGCUGUGAAAAAUCACAGCCUUCUUUGUUUGCUAGUCACAACUCAGGAGAAAUGUAAAGGUUUGCAAACCUUCCAUGUGAACCUUGGCCGAGUUCAGAGCAGACUGUAAUCUGAAUUAUCUGUUGUUUGCAUGGCUUUCAUUAGAGUUCCUUGAAUUUUUUAACUGAAUAAUUUCUCAGAGGGAGUUGGAGGUAGGGGAAGUGUUUGUCACUCAGUCUCCUUUCCACUUGUGUCUCAGUGAUAGGGGACAAGUCAUAAAAAUCAGGGUUUGGGAACUAUGUUCAAAUUUCUAGUUUAAUACUUCUUUUUAAAACCACAGCAGAAGGUUUUUAUUAGGUUUGGUAUUUUUUUUUUCUUGUUGAUGAAACCAUCAGAACCUGUUUUGAACAGUUCUGUUCAGUCUGCAAGUUUAUUUAAAAUACCUGGAUUUUCCUUAGCUUAAUUUUGUUUACUUUACUACUGAUUUACUCAUGGCCCCAGCUGAAACUCCACGUGGAUUUGGUUUUCUUCUGCAAAUUGUUGCUUUUCUUCUGCAAAUUGUCUUGGUGCUCAGAGUUCAAUUGGAUGUUAACACCAAGGUUGUGGGUUUGAUCCCUGUAUGGGCCAUUCAUUUAAGAGCGGGAUUCAUGACCCUUACGGGUUGCUUCCAACCCAGAAUAUUCUGUGAUUCUCUAACCUGGCUUGCAUGCCACUGAGGCAGAAAUAAUACCUUUGCAAGGUUCCCCUGCAGAACUGGAAGAUAAAGAUGAAGUGAGUAUGAUGUUUGUAUUUGACCCUUAAUAUAUUUUGUACUGUAUAUAUAUAUAUCUGCCUCAAGAGAGAUUUGGCUUAAUCAGUAUUUGUAUUAUGUGUGCACAGUAAUGACUAGUAUUAGUCCUUCUGCUGUAUUUAUUUGAAUAGAGAUGCGCAGGACUUUGGUUACACAUUUUUAAGUGCAAACUCAGAAUUUUCUCUAACGUAUUGGCUGUUAGUUCUUGCCUCAUGAAACAUGCUGGGUAUUAAGAGUAUUAGCAGAGGGAAAAGAAAUGGAAAAUAGAUUUAGUAUUAAUGGUUUAAGUAUGUGGGGGGGGAAACAUUUCUGUAAGUUUGGCCUCUCAGAAGAGACUUGUCAUUUCAGAGCUUGGUGGUGUGCAUCCAGUGUGAGGAACCUGACAGUCUUAAAUGGUGAGCUGGGCAGUUGGCAGGUAACAUUUGUCUAUGAUGUGACAUCUCCUGGCUACUCUGGGCAGCAUUCAUGCUGGUGUUUAGAAUUGGUCCUAGGGUUUUCCGGAACCAUCUCAAGCAAUAUGAACUACCUUUCAUGUAUUCUGUUACACAGAGAAAAGCUAUCCAUAUAAUGGGCUUAUCUUGCUUACUCAACACCAAAACAUAUUGACUUCCUCAUGCUUUGCAAAACUGAGCUCAUCUAGGCUUGGACUUUGGGUUGUGGACUCUAUUUUCCAGCAUUACAAAAUUAAAAGGUGUGCUGGGCAGGAAGGGAGGAUCAAGGAAGUAGGGCAGUAGUUCGCAUUCAGUGCCCACACAGUAGGUGUGGUAGUGCUUAGCCCAGUUCUGGGCAGCAGAGUGGAGCAGGUCUGGCAGGUGAGCAACAGCCUUGCAGCUCACACUGAGGCACUCGGCCAAGUCUGGCCCCUGAGCAGUCUGCUCCUGAGGUCAGCAAAUAACAGCCUGCAAGGUCAGGAUGUGUGAGCUUGAGGAGAAUAAAGAUGGGUGUGAGCACAGGAGAAGGUGGGAGGUUUUUAGUGUUGGUGUAGAUGUACCUCUGGUGAAUACAGUGGUUUUAGUCUUGCUUGUAUAUCUGUAAAGUGGUAGAGUUCACUUUUAAACAGGCUGGGAAAAAAACCUCCCCAGAAGAAUUGUUCUGACCCCUUGACCAUUUGGUAGGUGCUGGAAGAGGAGAAACCAGAAAACAAGCAACUGCUUGAGGCAAAGUACUUAAACUGUGUAUUUUGGCUCAGAUGGGAGUAGGGCUUCUGCCAGCAUGCUCAUUCAUUCUCAUCUGGAUAAGCCUUUGGAAGUAGUUUCUUUGUGUACUUCUCUCAGGUGUCAGAGUUCAUUGAUGCAUCAUUUAGCAGACAAAGAUUUUGGACUUAGAUAGAUAAGGAGACAGAGGGCAUGGAUAUUUUGAUUUAGGGUUGGGUUGCCUAUGGAAGUCUUACUGAGCAUGUCUGACUUGAGGUUUACUUAAAUAUGCAGUAUUUAAUAUGACAUCCAUAUGCUGUUUUUGUAAGACUUUCAUCUUGACUUGAACACAUAGUUACCAAACCCUAAUAAUCAAAAUUUUGGUCAGAGGACCACUGUUUGGGACAAAACUUCAGGCAACUUUUCAAUACUUGUUAAAGCACAGAGAAAUUGUCUAAUAUGGGAAGCAGAACUGACUCAAAAAUUUAUUUGAAGUAUAGAUUAGGUCUAAAUGAAGUUCUUUUGGCAGUGAAAAAUAAGAUUUUUUUUUCUCCUUCUUUGACAAAUCCUUAUUUCAGCUUUGGUUUUUAGCUCAACAGAUAGGUAGAAGAGCCAGAGCAUAUGGUUAGAAGCAAAUAAAUUUUAUGCUAAGGACAUGUAUGUAGGACUAGCUGUGGUAAGAGUAUGAUGAUUUACUUAAUGAUACGUUUAGUGGUAAUCCCAUCCGCACUUUGGUUUAGGCUGUUAAAUCAGUCUCUUUUUGCAUUAAAAAUAAUCAGUCCCACUAAUUCAAUACAUCUGUUCUAUUGAAGUGUGUUUACUCCUAAAUGCAUAUUUAUUUUUCUAAAAAUCUUACCAAGUAAACUGCUACACUGUAGGGACUGCAAUAGGAAUGUCAGCUCUAGAACUGUAUGCUGAAUCUGCUUAUAUUUUAUAGCCAUGAAUAUUUAUGCAUUGUGUGUUGUCUGUUUAAGUAGUACUUCUCUUACCCUUUGUUAGAACUGUCAUACCAUCUACAUUGAACUGCAGUGUAUUCUUAAUUUUGAAAGAAAUGUUGAUCAGCACAUCCUAUGUAAAAAUAAUUUAGAUGUUUUUUUGAUUUUUCUCAAUGUCAAAUAUAUUUUCCUCAUGAAUUUUUUUUUUUAAUUUAUACUGUGGAAGGGUGCCAAGGGGACCAGGUGAAGAGGAGUUACCAAUUCUCAGUAUUUUGUGGAGUCUGUCUUCUUAUGGCAGUUUGUGCUUUACCCACCUGUCUGAUUUUGUGAAACCAGGAUGCCUCAUCUGAACUGCAAAUAAAUUUGGGGGUUUACAUCUGUUUUUUCUGCUUUAUAUCACUGAUAGUUUUAAUCCUGAAAAUAAAAAGUACAACUUGAGCUAAUCA